CACAUCCACGGAGGCCACGGUACUUCCGCGGAUUCGCCGCCCUGUGAUUGGUCAACACCUUCAACCCCCAUUUUCUCCAAAGAAACCCCCAGAGCUAAGCACGCUCUGGGUCAUAUAACAUCCACAGGAGAGAUGCAUCGGGUCGAAAAAGCUCGUGUGAGAUCUUCACGCUCACGGCCUGUAUCUUGUCAUUUCUGUCGAUCGAGGAAGCUGAAGUGUAGUCGGCUAUUCCCUUGUUCCAACUGCACCACUCGGGGCAUGACUUGUCAGCUCUAUCCUGCUACAACAUUGCCUCACAGUCAUCAGAAUCAGGCUGGCGAACUGCCUAGAAAUGAUCAUACAGAUGUACUGGCCCGAUUGCGGAGGCUGGAAGAGAUAGUGAUCACCAAUCCACCAGCAUCUAGUCCCCUGGGGCAAGCUUCUACACAGGCCUUGACGCUUCCUUCUCCUCCUGCUAGAAAAUCAAAUCAAACACCCGUGAUUAACGAAAGACAGUCAUCUGCAGAGGCUGUGACGUUGUUGGAAAACGAGAUCACAUCAUCAGGUUCAAUAGGUAAUGUGUUGAACCACGAAAUUGAAUUCAGGACUUGCUCCAUUCGUACUGCAGUGGGAUCUGGGUCAAUAACACAUCAAGCCAACUCCACGAAAAGAUGUAUCUGGCUGCCACUUCACAACGAAGCGAAAAUAGUAGUGGAAAAGUACAUCGCAGAGAUCACCUUCCUCCAUCAUGUGGUCCACGUUCCCUCAGUACGUAUCAUGCUAAAUGAGCUCUAUUGUGAUCUGAGAGAAAGCAAGCCGGUCAAGAUUGGUUACGUCUCAUUGCUCCUCAGCAUUCUCGCCAGUACCACGUCCUUCUGGACUGAACGCGACAUGUGCAACACUGUGUUUUCGACUGUUGAAGAAGCAGUUGCCCAGUCUACACAGUGGAUGAGAAUUGCGAUGGACGUGGUCGAUUACUCGCGUUAUAAACACCUCGAGUCAAUAGAGGAUAUCCAGGCGAUGAUCAUCAUAAUAUUUGUGACUGCUAACAUCGUGGGAAUUACAUCUCAAGUCCGGCAUAUGGUCUCUACUGCUAUAUCAGUCGGAAGAGAACUGUCCUUGCAUCGAAUUGAUCAUCCACACAAUUCCAACCUCGAUGUGCCUUCACCGUCCUCUGCCAGAGCAGAGAUAUGUAGGAGAGUGUGGUGGUAUCUGGUGGCGACUGAUUGGCAGAUGUCGCAGAUACCUGGCCCACAGAAAGGCACAUAUUCAAUUGAUCCACGCCAUAUGAUGACCAAAAAACCUUGCAAUGCGAAUGACGAAGAUAUUGUAGAUGGGAUGGUCGGGGUUGGACAGCCACUUGCCCACCCCACAUCGAUGUCCUACUGUCUCCAACGGAUUCGAUUGGGCGAGUUUUGCCGUGAAAUCACAGAUUGUGCUCCAUUUGGGAUGUCCGAUCCAGGAAGCCCGGACUAUGAGCAUACGAAACAGAUUGACGGCAAGAUUUGUGAAUUCGCUGAGAGCCUACCCUCGUUCUUUUCUUUGGCCCAUAGUUCGAAUGAGCUGCCAGAAACUGAUCCUCGGAAUUCUGCUGGAAUAAUCAUACAACGAUAUAUCCUCAACUUUCUGCUUCAUGCCCAAAGGUGCAGGCUUCACUUGCCUUACUUGUCACUAGCGUCUAAGGAUCAUGCAUAUGAGUACUCACGGAAAGCGUGCCUGGAAGCAGCUCGAAUGGUGAUCCGAGCUGAACGCCAACUCUCCCUAGAGACGAUCCCCUUUGUUUCGGCGCGGCUUAGACUGUCAGGCUUGCUACAUUGUGUUUGUGUGGCGAUCAUUGUUCUCCUCAUAGACUGUUGUGGGGGUGAUCAUCAGCAUGAAAAGGACCUAACGGAAAUUUUGGAAGCAUUUUCAAUACUAGAAAAAGCUAAAGGGGAAUUCCCUUUGGCCGGAAGGCUACUUGAAAUCUUCAAGACGGCUCUUCGUCGGCACGGCGCUUCGGGUUCAGCUGUUGAAGAACACACAACCACGCAACUCACCUCUCAAGGCCCUGAGAAUUCAAUGGGACUUGUUUGCAGUUCUACGGCGCCUACAAGCAUGGUCCAUCCAACAGGCAUGAACAUCGAUGACUUCCCCAUGGACCCCACAUUGCCUACUCUAGAUGAGCUCUGGCAGGUAUUCGGUGAUAAUCUGGACUCGGGGACAGUGGACUGGAACAGCGUCUUUGCGGAGUCGGACACUGCAUUUUUGUCAAUGUAG